CGCCUCUUUCGCUAUAAUCACGUGACGGCCGCAUCCGGGCCCUUUCGCCUUCUCUCCCUCUUCCCAACAUGGCGGCCUCAGCUCCUGGAGUGGUUUCCGCUGCUGAAAAUGGAAGCUCGAGGACUGCUCAAGCUAAGAAGAAGAACAAGAAGGGGAAGACCCUGACUCUGACAGACUUUCUAGCAGAGGAUGGCGGUGGUACUCCCACCUUUGUUCCAAAACCAGUUAGCUGGGCAGAUGAGACAGACGAUCUGGAAGGAGAUGUUUCUACCACCUGGCAUAGCAACGAUGACGAUGUGUACCGAGCCCCUCCAAUUGACCGUUCCAUCCUGCCUACUGCACCUCGGGCAGCUCGGGAGCCCAAUAUUGACAGAAGCCGUCUCCCAAAGUCACCCCCCUACACUGCCUUUCUGGGAAACCUGCCCUAUGAUGUAUCAGAAGAGUCCAUCAAGGACUUCUUCAGAGGGCUUAAUAUAAGUGCUGUUCGUUUACCACGGGAGCCUAGUAAUCCAGAGAGGUUGAAAGGAUUUGGAUAUGCUGAGUUUGAAGAUCUGGACUCCAUGCUCCGUGCUUUGAGCCUCAAUGAAGAGUCUCUAGGGAACAGGAGAAUACGAGUGGAUAUUGCUGAUCAAGCUCAGGAUAAAGAUAGGGACGAUCGCUCUUUUGGUAGAGAUCGUGAUCGCAACCGGGAUUCAGAGAGAUUUGAAACUGACUGGAGGGCUCGUCCUACUACGGAUAGCUUUGAUGACCCCCCUCCCCGCAGGGGCGAGGAUAGCUUUGGAGACAGGUAUCGCGACCGUGAUCGUUAUGAUUCGGAUCGGUACCGUGAUGGUCCCCGAAGAGAGAUGGAUCGGUUUGGGGGCAGAGAUCGUUACGAUGACCGUAGAGACUACGAUAGAGGAGGUUUCGACUCUAGGUCAGGCAGUGGUAGAAGAGCCUUUGGCAGCGGAUACCGCCGGGACGAUGAUUAUAGGGGUGGUGGUGACCGCUAUGAGGACCGUUACGAGAGGCGAGAUGAUCGAAUGGAUAGGUGGAGCAGCUCGCGGGAUGACUAUAGCAGGGAUGACAGCCGGCGGGAUGAUAGAGGUCCCACUCAGAGGCCUAAACUGAACCUGAAGCCUCGGAGCGCACCCAAGGAGGAAGAUACAUCUGUAGCUCCUGCUACCCAGUCUAGCCGUGCAGCCUCCAUCUUUGGGGGGGCCAAGCCUGUGGACACAGCUGCAAGAGAGCGUGAAGUAGAAGAGAGGCUACAGAAGGAGCAAGAGAAGCUGCAGCGCCAGCUGGAAGAUGAUAAGCCCAGGCUAGAGCGACGGCCCCGGGAGCGACACCCCAGCUGGCGUAGUGAAGAUAACCAAGAGCGGUCACGGACAGGGAGUGAGUCCUCACAGACUGGCAGUACAACUCCUUCUGUGGGGACAGGCCCAACAGGAAGAACCUCACGAAGGAGGGAGAGUGAGAAAUCAUUGGAAAAUGAAAGCAGCAGCAAAGAGGAUGAAGGUCUGUCCCCCACUUCCAAGACUCCCAGGGAAGAGAAGCUUCCUCUGAAGGUGAUGCCAGCGCCUCCGCCAAAAGAAAACGCCUGGGUGAAGCGCAGCAGCAACUCUCACCCGGCACGCUCACAGAGCUCCGACUCAGACCAGCAUUCCCCUACAAGCGGCAGCCAGGCUAUGCCACCCCUGCCUUCAGAAGAUGGAGUGCCCUCCAAGAACACCCCAAGGAAAGGUGAUGAAAGCCAACCUGAUGAAGGGAAGGAGAGUGUUCCAAAGGGCCGAAGUGGAAAUUCUGGGUGUGGUCCUGGAGAUGGAGGCAGCAGAGACCAUUGGCAAGACUCAGAUAGGAAAGAGAGUAGUGAGCAUGACUCAAGACCUGCAUCUGAGCCAAAGAAAUUCGAAGAGAACCCUACCCCCAAAUUUAGCUGUGCUAGCAAGUAUGCUGCUUUGUCAGUGGAUGGUGACGAUGAAGCAGAGGGGGAUGAGUACGCUGAUUAAAUUCUCCAGCCCCUCCAUGCCGUCUCCUUACCGGUUGCCACCCAGGAACAUUCGGCAAGCAAAACCAAACCUUUAUUCAGACAAGACAGAAAAAUAAAAGCCUACAAGUCAACAUCUCCUUGGAGAGACCUUUCUUAAACCUUUCUUUAAAGAAAUAUAUGAAAAAGUGAUACAGUUUCUCUUGCAUGCUGCUGCAGCCUUUAAAGUAUUGAUCUAACUGGAGAAAUCCCUGCAAAAAAAGAGUAUAGCAAGAGAGAAAAUGGCAGGUGUCUUUAAAAAAAAAAAAAGGAAUACGCCCAGUGUGUGUCUUGAGUGUGACUUCAUGCAGCUUCCAAUCUCGUCCAGAGCCCCAGGUCCUUCCCACUAAAAGCAGAGGCUAGCACUUGAGCAGGCCAGGUGCGUAUGAGUUGAGCACAAUGGGGACAUGGACAGCUAAGAUCUGUGUGUCUCCUCCUUUUCCCAGAUUGGUUGGCUUCUGCAGUGUAAACGUCAAACUAAAUUGAAAGCAUUUUAGUGCAUUGGGAAAAGGAGGAGAGCAGUCUUGCUUUGAUGGGGGAAGAGGUGAGAUGGCUUUUCAAGGUAGAGAGUUGGCGUCUCUACACAACAAGUAAUCCCUGAGGUUUAAGUUAGAAACCUCGCCCUGGUGGUGGUGUCCCCCUCUGAAACCCAUCAGGUUUGGGGAAGCCUCAGAGCUGAUCCUGCGGUUGUACCCUUGCCUGUCCCCAACAAUAAAGGCUGCUGACAGUUGGCUUCUAUGUUGAAAGCCACUUUCCACAUAGUUUGGUCAAAUGGUGCAAAGACUCUCUGUGCUAGUGGUCACCAGGACCGUGCAGUGCUGAUGUGGAAAGUGUGCCUUGCAUAUGAACCAUGCGGAAAGUAACUUUUUGUAUGUCAAGGGGCUCUACCAUAUGGAAUCAGUUUUUGGUAACCUCCCUGAAGGAGGUUGCAAUAUAUAUAUGAAGGAGCCAUUGGAUUUAUGGGAAUCAUUAGUUGAAAGAGCAAUUUCUGGAGACUAUAAAGGUUUUCUUGAAUUCCACCCCCCCCCUUCCUAUCCCUUCCUCUUCUGCCCCCUUUUAAUCACGGAGGUACCACCACAACCACUCUCACAGAUUUAAAUAGCACCCGUUUUAAACUUGGGCACUGUUUAAAGGUAGCAAGAGUCAUUGAAAGUUUGACUGAGCAUCAUGUGACUGUUCCAAGUUCCUUCCUCACUUUUGGUCAAGUAGGUACACAACAUGGCUGGCAAACGUCCUUCAGCCCUUACAAAAAGGGUUUAUUUUUAGUCCCCUAAAUUUCUUUUUAAAGCUUCCUUCACCAACACCCAGCACCAUCAGACACAGAGACAAGCAAUCUCUUCCAUUUCUUCCAGUAGUCUUGGUCCUUUCAUUCUUCUUCCUUGAACUAAUUAAUGGGUAGGGCAAGUGGGAAUUAAAUCUGCACAGUGGAACUGAAGCAGCACAAGGUUUUACUAGCCAACUCUCAGCAGCCUGAUUUACAUGGUGGCUGUAGAGGAGGAUCUGGCUACAAUGAGUGGCUAGCUUUUGGGAGGUGUGCACGUGCUCACCAGGGAGCUGCCAGUUUUUACCUAGUUGGGGAGGAGAACGGAGUGGUUUUCCUCUUGAAGCAAUUCCGGCUGAGUCAAAUACAGGAUUUGGCGUGUUGUAAAGCCUGCCGUGGUUGUUGUCUUGUUUCAGUAAAUUUUAGCUACAAUUUAAACCAGUCCUUUGAAAUACACAAGAGUAGUGGCACAUCCUAUGGGCAGGAUAUAAAGGAAUGGGAGGGGAGACCCUGCUGAGUGCAGAUAAUUGAUUUGAAAUGCAAUAUUGCUUUGACUGUGUGAAAUGCUGGGGGGAGGGGCUAUAUUUGAGGUAAUGUGCUAAUUUGCAUACCCCAGAAGCAUUUUCUACCCUCCCUUCUCUCUCUCUCUCCCUCUCUCCUAUUCUCUCUUUAUCUCUCUCUGCGCUAUCAGGACAGGUUCACGAAUGGAUUGAGGUGCAUUUUACACAUUCUGAAGACAUGUAAAAUUUGUACAAAAUAUCUUCUAUGAAAAUGAUUUGUAAUCUGUGUGGACUUAACUGGGAGAUGUCUUUUAUUAUGUAAAAUUUUCCCUCCUCCCCCCUUCUUGGUUUUUUGUUUUUCUCCAAAUAAAACUAAUCUUUAAAAUAA